ACCUGGCGCGGCGGCUUUAAAGGCGCCGGGCAGGCCGGGCGGAGCCCCGCAGUGGUAGUAGCAGGCGAAGCAGGCGGGCGACGCGAGGGGGCCUCCUUCAGCCCAGGCAGCUCCAGGCGACGCAACGCGGGACGCGCCCGGAGCUCCGACGAGGUUUCUCUUUGCCGACGGCGGCGCUUUAGCUUCUGGUCGCGGCGAUGGGGCUCCCGCGGAGCUGCCUGCGGCCCCUCUUGUUUCUCCUCCUCGAGGUGAGUACCUAACUAAGCGGGUCCCCGAAGGGCGGUGUCGGUAAACAGCAGAUCCCGGGGAAGGAGAGCGGAGGGGCGCAUCGGUGCCUUGGGCGAGAUGUUGUUCCUCGAGGGGAGGGGGGCACAGGGUCACGUUUCCCUUUCCCGCUUCCCUGAGGCUUCAGGUGCCUGACUGUCCCUCCGUUUGCCCCUCUCAGGUGGGGACUCUGCUAGCGGACCCGACGCAACCUUGCUCCGCUGGCUUCACCUCCAAAGUCUUCACCUUCGAGGUGCCGGACGGAGACCUGCCCCGGGGACACGUUUUGGGCCAAGGUGAGAAGGCGGCGGCGCGCGCGGGGAGAGGGGGAGACCGUCUGAUGACUUUGCCGGACCUGGAAGAGGACUGGGGGCUUUGCGUGCUGGGCCAGGGGAGGCGAUUGCACGAUUUCGAGUAUUUGUCUGAAGUGAGCCCCUCUCGCUCGCGUCUUUUUUUGGCUGUCCCUUCUUCUGCUCUUCCUCCGGCUUUGUUGCCCCCCGAGGUCUCCUGGCAGAUCUUUUCCCUGUGCUGGUGUUAUUUCGAUUUCCCGUAGUAUCGUUUAUGGGGUGGGGCGGGGGUGAGAUCCAUCUCGGCAGAGCGCCUCGAGGGCUCCGGUUCGAAGAUUGCGACAGGGCAGGCGAGGCGCCUUCGACGGCUGCGACGGGCUCCUCCUGCAGCUCCGGGCGCUGCUUUUCUAAUCCACGGGAUUAGUCUUUUUUCCGACUCUUGCAAACUGGACUGCGGGCUGACCACUGCCUCUCCGACCCCGCCGUUUCUGAGAGCUACGAGUGGGGUUGGCAAGCGUCACUCGCCCGUGGCCUCUGGCCCUUGAGGUGGCCGCGUUCCGCCUGGCGCGGCAGUACUGUUUGAAGUGUCCUGGAAUGGGGGAGGGGGGUCUGCUUCCUUCCGGCUUACUCCUGGUGAGAUGCUUUGUCCCCAGUCAUUGUGCAUGAUAAUCCUGGGCUGAUGGCCCUUGAUGGGUACCUGGUUGGGCCUGGGGGGGCGGGGUAGGGCUUAUUCCUGCGCAGCCAUGUGCUCUCCCCUCCCCCGCCAGGUGCUUGUGAAGCUGUGCUGUCGGAGGGGGUCGGUGAUGAGUUGCUUUUCCACAAGGUGUGGCUUGGAAAUGACCAACUCAAAGGAAUGGAAUUCCUGGCAAGGCAAUAAAGGAACUUCAGUUGUUGUGGGUUGAUUCCCAUAACUCUUGCGACCCUCAUUACCUAGCCCAUCUUCUCAUAACCCCCCCCCCCUUGUCUUGCCUUUUUGCAAUUCAAAUCCCAGCAUAACCACGAAUUGGUUGCUUUGGCAUUAGCAUAGUCUCUCUCAUUUGCCCAACUUUCUCUCUCUAGUCCCAUCUUUUUCUUCCUUCUGUGCUUAAGGCCCCCAAAGGUUGCUCAUGAAAUGCACACACACACACACCCCCGCUGCCAGUUAACCUCAAAAAAGUUGGAGGUGCUUUGGUGGAAGUUGGCCCAAAGGGUUUGCAAUUCUGACAUCUGAGGGAGAAAUCCCCAAUGUUGUUUGUACGCAGCAAAAACAAUAAUUACAUUAUUUUUUUAAAAAAAUCAAUGGUUUAUUUCCCCAAGGAUUCCGCCCCCAAUACAUUAUGAAAACUUGUAUUGUCAUACCCACAACUUAUACAUCUAUAGAACACAUUAUUAUAGAUCUUUGGAACUGUUAUUUGGUUUUCUGAAGAACUGUAAAUGAAACGAAGCUCCAUCAUUCUACAGUUAAAUUGUUUUACUGUUUCCAUAGGCACCACCAAAUCCAUUGCCUGAAUAAGCUUCAGCCAAGUUUUGCCUCUUGGUAUAAGCUUACAGUGGGACAAGAUGGAAUUUGCUUCUAUAGGGACUGAGGCUUAUCAUUACUCUUCAUACUUAUUGCUAUCGUUAAUAAUAGUUACUGACAUUGUAAUUAUCCUGUCUUCCUCCAAAUAAGUUGUCCUGGCCACUUGCCCCCCAUUUUAUCCUCUCAACACCUCUGUGAGGUUGAUUGGCUAGGUUGAUUGAGAGAGUGAAAAGUCCAAGCUCACCUAAUGAGCUUGGCAGUUGAAUGGGGAUUUGAACCCAGGAUUCCCCAGUCAUCACUGCACCAUUCCUGCUUCUCUGGCAGCUUUUCCAGAGGAGGUUGUUGUGCCCUCAAGGCUGAUCUCCCUGAGCCCCACUUGAAUUCCUGUAACAAGGAGCAGAUGGGCCUUUGCAGCCUUUGGACCAACAGAACUGGGCUUGGCUGAUGUCCCACAUUACGGCUUCCUCUGUUCCACUCACUGAUGGAUGAGAAUGUUGUGUUCUUUCCUGAAGGUGGGUGCUACCUAAAUUUCAUGAUAGACCCCCCCAGGCACCUGCUGCGUGAUGCCAUUGAAGUUCUCUCCAUCCUCCUCCAUCUUUCUUGAGGUCUGCUGCUCCAGAUGAUGUUGAUGGGGGGGCGGGGGGGCAGGCAGGCUGGCCUAGCUGUUCGGCAUGGCAUCCUAAUUGCCAGCAAAUGUGUGUCUAGUUGUUUUGUGAAACAGGGACAUUGUGCAUGGAACAGAGGCUGGUCUGUCUCCUUUUCUCGGUCACCCCUGCCAGGAGCAGGAAUCCGUUUAACUCUCUCUGUGCCAGUGACUUAACUCUCCCAGAGACCGAAACUGCCCCUUCUGCUGCAAGCAACCAGCUCUCCCUGCCUCCGCCUCCCCAAACAGAAUUCCUUCCACCUGCCUUGGGGUUGGGAAUGAAAGGCAGUGGCAUGAGCAGUGAAAGAGUACUGGCACACUGGAGCUGGCCGUCCUCGCUCAGCAAGACCUUCCAGUGUUCGAAAGUGACCUGUUCACCCAGCCGUGGCCUAAUCCAACCUGCACACAGUUUGCUGGCUGGCACCCAAAGCCAAUUAAAAGGCCUUGCAAUGCAAAUGUUUGUGUCCUUUAGGUCAGAACCUGGGCUCCCUGCAUAGUUUGGUGGGAGGCUCUGUAGCCCCAGUUUCGAGUUCACAAAACUUUCAUCUGAUUUCCCCUCUGUAUGGUGGGGAAUUCUCGAUUUGCCAGAUUACCGGUAUGUGCCAGCUCAGUGCUAGAGCACAACGAGGAAAUCCUGGCUGACUUAAUCUCUAUAGAUUGGCCUCUGUUUCUCUGCUACCCCAGGGAGAUGGUCCAAGUUGUAUAGCAUUAUGAUUUCAUUGUUUGUUGCUCAGGGUAGCCUCUGGAUCUUGGAGGAGGAGGAAGUUUGCAGCUCCUAAAAGUGUCUGGUACUCUCCAGAGUGCAACUUCCUGUCAUAUAGGGCAGGAAUACCUCCUUAUCCAUGCCCAAGGUGUAACUUAAAGCCAGGGCUUGGCUAUGAUGCAUACAAAGUAAUUAGAGCUUUUGUUCAUGUGCAGAGUACAUUUUAAUUUCAACUAAAUAAUUGCAGCAUGUAUAUUUGAGACUCAGUAGCAAGACUUCCUGGCCGGUCAGUGUAGCUGCUGUGCAAUCUGUAUGUUUCUGCUACAAACAGAUUCCUCUUUAUGCUUUUGCACUCUUAAAGUCUUCUUUUGUAUACUGGUAUACAGCAAUUCAGUAUUCAGUAAAGACUUUUAAACGAACUACCAAGUUGGUCCUGGAAUGUGUGUGUAUGAUGUCAAGGGCCAGGGUAAACUGAUACCUGACGGAAACUCAUCGGAACACUUUGGCAGUUGCGAGUGGAUUAGCUGAAAUUACUGUAGCAUCUCUCCGCCCCCCCCCCCCCCAGUUUUAUCAAAGCUGUUAUGCCGAUUUGCUUUCUGCAACAGAAAGCAAACCUUCCUUCGAAGGUGGCUCUGUUCAGCCUUGUCCUCCAUAGGACAAGGAACCUUGGUGGGUUCCUGGCUGUAUUCCCUGCCCCUUCCAGAAUUUGCCUGGUGUUUACUGAGUUGCUGAAGGAGGGUUUAAUCUGCUGUAGCUGCAGCUCUCCUCACCUCUUUGCACAGCUUGACCUCCAUAAUGGAGGGGCCUUGAGAUAAGAGCGCAGAGGGAGAGAGGGGGGAGCGAAUUCCAUGCAUGCUGGAGAAAGGGGGAGGUCAUGGUGGGGGGCAGGGCUGCACUGUAAGCUUGUUCCCCUGUUACCUGCUGUGAAGUGGGCCGAAAACUGCUUCCCCAUGGUGGGCACAGGAGCAGCCCCUGUGCCAUCUCUUCUUUCUCCUGUUGGGCUCAGCAGCAGCACCAAGGGCUUCCUGUGCCUCUGUCCCUCAGAGGCAGAACAAGCUUCUGCCCCUGCUGCCCACUCAAUGGAGGGCUGGAGUUGGAGCCCCAGUCCAGAGCCGAGUAAAAUAUAAGAGGUUAAUUGCUAACUCCUUCGUUCUUGUUGAGGUGUGGCUGGCCGGGGAUUAACUGCUCCAGUGACUGCACUGACUCAAAGGCUGAGUUAAGGCUUCAGGGGUAGGUUGCAGGAUGUGAUGGGGCCCUGCCUGCCUCUUCAGCCCCUGCUGUGCGCUCUUAAGAGGCCCCAGCAGACCUUUUGAUUCCAGCCCUCAUGCGCGCGUGACCAUUAGGAGCUGCCUUGCUUGUGGAAGGAGGCAUGGCAACCCACUUGCUCUCCUCUGCUGCUGCCAAAGCCUCUUGGGGAAGGGAAGAAGGAAGCUAUUUCCAGUAAUGGCAUACGGAGGGGUCUCUGCUAAUGGCUUUGGGGCGCGUCAGAUUCCACUAAGUGAUGAGAGCUCAGAGAUGGACUGAGAUGGCUUUGACCUCCAAACCUUUCCAUGCCUGAUGUGCACAGAGUCGGAAGAGUCUGUUCUUUCCCAGCAUAAAUGCCGGUGCUUGUUCCAGAGAGGUCGCGGCUAAGCAGGCGCAUCUCUGCAGCCACAAAUCUCCGAGCUGGGAGGAGGAACUGCAGUGGGAAUUACCCACUGGUAUUCCACACUAGUCCUACUCUGAGUGGACCCUUUGAAGUUAGUGGAUGCAAGCAACUUAGGCAGGCUCAUUGAUUUCAGUUGGUCUCCUCUGAGUAGGACUUAGCUGAAUGCAACUCAUAGUCCUGAAUGUCACUGUUGGCAAUGGGUCUUUGCUCUGCAUUUUAGGACCAGUACAGGGUGAUUUUGAUGUCUUGAGGUACUUUUAAAAGAUAAGCAAAUUUGCUAUGGCAUACAUUUUUUUUGGUGUGUGCAAAUUUAUUAAUGAAGAUAAAAGAAAAAGUGGAAGGGGGGUUAAGGGGGGAACAACAGCAAACAAAAAAGGCGGCUCAUGUUGACAAUACAAGAACCAUCAUACAUUCAUCUAUCUUUACACAUAUAGCUCAGUACAUCUCAUUCAAAUGUCCAGUUUGCUGACUCAAGUUCAGUUGCUGUUUAUAAAACAUGCAAGGACCUGGAGGCCUUCAGACUGUUGAGUAGUAGAUGGUAUUUGUGUUUCCAGGCUUGUUAUGGCAUAGGUUUGUAUGGAGGAAAGUCUGCUUGGUCAGAUGCAUGGAUGUGCUGUCAUGCACAUUUUGCAUCUGAUUUAUUGAAUUCUGAUCCUCAAGCACUUCUGCCAUAAGUCACUAAGGUGCCACAACACUACUUGUUUUUGCUGCAGCAGGCUUGACACACAGCUGCUACCUUUCUGGAACUUGGUAUUUCUAUUCAUGGGUUUCACACGCAGUUGCUGAUGGCAUCAUUGCACGGCUCUGUGGGUUCUCUUGUGUUUUGUGCAGUGUUGCCUCCGGGGCUGGCCCCAAAACAGUUUGCUGCCUGAGUCAAAGGACAAGAUGGUGCCUCUUCUCAUUCCAGGUGCCGGAACCAACCAGAUGGACACUUGAAUCUUACUUCAGCAAGAGCAAUGGGGCCACGUUCUCUAUUGACCUGCUCAGAUUGGCUGGGGCAACCAUGUCAGAUGGGUGGCAUAUAAAUAAUAAAUUAUUAUUAUAUUACUGCAGUUGAAGGCAGGAGGCUAGCCGAGGCAAUGUAGUGGCAACCUCAUAGAGCACACAGCUCUGCCCGCUCUGCACCCCUCAGCAUUUACCGCCUGAGAUGACUGUUUCCCUCUGCCUAACAGUAGGGCCAGUCCUAGCUGUUGCCAUCAGUGGUUUGAAAGCUCUCUUGGAAUAUUAAUGGCUUUCUCUAGUUCAAUAAAGAAAGGAAUUGUUUCAUUUAGGGUCUCAUUUCAGUUGUGGCUUUAGAUACUCUCACUGAUGGGGCAUGACUCAUGAGCCCUUCUGCUCUUCAGAGCCUCACAGUUGUUAAUGGUGUCUGCUAAUUACUGCAGGCUUUUCACUGUCUCUCAACAGGGCUUGUCAACAACAGUCAGAUAAGCGUAGUUGCAAAAAGUCACUUGUAUAAUACUAUCACUAAUUGUCAUCAGGGAUUCUCUUGAUCUCAGAGUCAUUCUAGAGCUGUUCAAGCCCCUCUUGUACCCUCCAGAUGUUUUGGGGGCUGCAGUUUCCCUCAGCCCCAGCCAACAUGCCUGUGUCAUAGUUCUAAGGAGCUGGAAAGGACCAGGUUGGAGAAGGCUGUUGUAGUUUCUCUAGUAGUUUCCCUGCAACACAACAAAAUGUGUGGCACCUUGAAGACUUAGCAGGCUUAUUGUGGCAUCAGUUUCUAUGGGUCAGACCCCACUUCUUUAGAUUGUCUCAGCCUUUAUACAACCAACCAAUCACUGCAUGCUGCAGAUACCUUUUGCGGAUACCAUCUUCUUAGGAAGUCCAUUCUGUAGAAUGUAGGAAUUGGGCCUUUAGUGUUGUGGCACCUGCCCUCUGGAAUCCUUUCCCCUUGAAUAAUAGACUGGCAAAGUCCCUGUUGUCUCUUCUGCACCUACUGAAGAUUUUCCUCUUCUGACAAGAAUUGUAAGUUGAGAUCUUUUCUGAGCACCUUUGGGAAGAAGCUUGAGAUAUAAAUUUAAUUAAUAAAAGAAGAAUAAAUAAGGUCAAAUCUGGUGCAGUUGGUGCUUUCUUUGUUGGCUCUCCCUGUAUACAGAGGGUAAGAGGUUCGUAAGCUUCCACGGGCCAACUUCAUCAGAAGUGUGAAUCAAGUGGAGCUGACAUUUCCUCCUUCAACUAGGCAUUUUAUUCUGUACAUACGCAAUCUGUGCUAUUCCUUUCCUGGGGUGUGGUGAAGCAUGGGCUGGGCAUUCUAGCCUGUAGCCGCAAAGUCCCUUGGGACUCCUUUAAAGGAAUCACUUUGUUCCACAGCCCAUCUCCUGCUUGGCAUUUUGUUUUGUUUCCUUAUACAGUCAUACAGUACCUUGGUUUUUGAAUGGAAUCCAUUCCGGAAGUGCAUUCGACUUUCAAAAAACGUUUGGAAACCAAGGUGCGGCUUCUGAUUGGCUGCAGGAGCUUCCUGCACUCAAUUGGAAGCCGUGUCGGGUGUUCAGCUUCCAAAAAACAUACGCAAACCGGAACACUUCUGGGUUUGCAGCGUUCAGGAGUCACAAGGCGUUCGAGAUCCAAGGUACGACUGUGUUUAUAUCCUGCUUGCCUUUCCUCGUGAAACUAAAAGCUGUAUCCACAGGCUUCGCAUCCAGGCUCUGCUUAGCUUCAGCAAGGUGGUGGCCUCUGUGGUCAAGAACCUGCCUUGCAUGCAGAAGGUCUCUGGCUCAACCCCCAGCAGCAAGUCCAGGUAGAAUUGUGAUAAACUCCUGCCUGAAAUGGUGGAGAGCUGCUGCCAGUUGGUGUAGACCAGGCAUCCCCAACCUUUGGCCCUCCAGAUGUUUUGGACUACAAUUCCCAUCAUCCCUGACCACUGGUCCUUUUAGCUAGGGAUCAUGGGAGUUGUAGGCCAAAACAUCCGGAGGGCCACAGGUUGGGGGUGCCUGGUGUAGACAAUCCUGAGCUAGAUGGACUGUUGAUUUGACAUGUAAGGAAGCUGCUACCUAUGUUCCUCUACAGCUUCAGCCCAUACCCUGGGACAGCAUGAGAGGGAAACCAGCCUGCCCAUCUCCUUUGAUAGUCUUCAUCCAGGUUCCAUAAUACAGGAGUAGGCAGACGCUGGAUCUAUUAGUAGAUCUCUGGGGUCACUUGCCGUACAUUGGCAAAGUGCUCUUGCUUCCAGAUGGUACAACAGCAGCAACUAAAAGCCUCUUUCUAAAUUAGGCUGUCUUGAGGGAGCAGGUGGAAAUGAGGAGGGAAGACAGGAGUUGGUUUUUGUGUGGAAAAAGCUUGAGACUCAGUUAAGGGACUGAAAACACAUUCCUGGGCUGAGCAUAUGCACUCAGAAAAAGUGCCAUUUACAGUGGUGCCUCGCAAGAAGAAAUUAAUCCGUUCCAGGAGUCUCUUCGUCUUGCGGUUUUUUCGUCUUGCGAAGCGCGGCUUAGCGGCUAUUAACGGCUUAGCGGCUAUUAACGGCUUAGCGGCUUUAAGAAAAAGGAAACAAACUCGCAAGACGUUUCGCCUUGCAAAGCAAGCCCAUAGGGAAAUGCGUCUUGUGGAACGACUCAAAAAACGGAAAACUCUUUCGUCUUGCGAGGCAUUCGUCUUGCGAGGCAUUCGUCUUGUGAGGCACCACUGUACGCUUAAACCUGUUUGCCUACCCCACUGGUCCCCCCAGAAGGGGGAACCUGCUGUGGUUCUGGAGAUGUUGUCGAGCUUCCGUCAGCUCCAGCCAGCAUGACCAACGGUCAGGGCUGAUGAGAGAUGGGGUCCAACAAUAUCUGGAGAAAGGGCACCAUCUCCCCAUCUCUGGACUAUUUGACUUCAGUUGGUGGAUCUUGGGAGUCUAAUUUAAACAAUGAGAAAGGAACAAGAGAAGGGUCUAAUGUAGCCUUCGUCAACCUGGUGCCCUCCAGAUGGUUAGGACUACAGCUCCCAUCAGCCCCAACCAGCACGGAUGGGAGUCAUGGUCCACAGCAUCUGGGGGGCACCAGGCUGCCAAAGGCUGGUCUAGAGUGGGCAGUGAAGCUCAUCCUUGAAAGGACAUAGAGGAACUUCUUUGCAACAAGCUCAAAUACUUAUCCCUUCCUAUGACUGACUCAUAAGCCACAUGAUUGAAAGCAGAGGCUAUAAAGAGGCAGUGAAACUAGUUUGGGCUUUUAUGGAAAGUCUCAGGAAGUGCAUCGUGCAUCUAAUACUGCCACACAAUUUCCUGGUGGGAAGGGCAUAUUUUCCCAGAAUCCAGAGCCAAGGCCCUGGCUGCUGCUUCUGCUGCUGCAGUCGAUUUAGGGUGUGUUGCGGAUGCCUGCACUGGUGACACAAGAAUUAACGUGUUCGGAGGCUUUGCGAGUUGGCUGGAAACAAGAAUAUGGGGAGAGGCAAACUAAUGUUUGAGGUGGGUACACUGCCUCACCAUGUCCCCCUCAAUAUUUGAAGCAAAGUGGGAGACAUAAUAGUGGCAUCCUGGUGGGGUGGGGAUUUUGACUUGUUGUUUAUGGGGUUCUACUAUUUCACAAAACCUAUGUUGUGUUUGUUUGGAUCUGACCUCCCCGGAAUUCAAAAUGCUUCAAUAUUCUUGUCUUAAGUACAGGAUGUAAAGCCCUUUUUAGCCAGGGAGCCAAAUUCUCUUCUGGGCAACCUUCAGAGGGCCACAUGCCAGAGGUGGGCAGGGCCAGUGGUAAAUGCCGGCAGAGUAAUUAAUGAAAAUUUUACAGUGGGCUGGUUUUUGCACACCUCUAUCCUACAUCCCAUACCCAAGGCAUUCACGGUCAGAGUUUUGUCAGUCAGGCAAAAAUAUUCAAGGAGGUUACAAAGCAGGGGCAGUGACCUGAGGACAGUUCUGAGGGCCAGACAGAGGCCUGGUGGGCCACAUUGGCCCUGGCCUGAGGUUCUCCACCCCUGCACCAAGACGUUGGAAUACAGUUUGUCCAGGCAUGUGCAUGUACAUGCAGUUGUACACACUAGAGCCUCCCUAAUAGCUACCCAAUUUAUAUUUCUUACAUCUGGUGCAAAAUAUAUUUUGUUCUCCUGUUGUUGGCUGGACAAUCAGGCUUCUCAACUUGUCUAUACUGAUGCAAAUACUACUGCUAUCACUGACCAUUAUUAUUUGGGGGACAUGGUGGGGUCUCCGUCUGAUGAGCUGCAGCUGAAAUAUGAGGCCAGGACUGUGAGCAAAGUGGACACUUUGUUGUUUGCAUUGGGAAAAUCCAGAUAAUUUGAUGAUGACAAGCAGCCCACUUUGUGACUGGGUGUGGGUUCAGUCCUAUGCAAGAGGGGAGCCCCGGCAUAUUUUGUUUAAGCCGCGGUGGGCUUCUGCUUCCAAGGCCAGUCAGUGGGAUCUGUUCUGGCACGCACAGAGGGCUUGGCUGCUUGCUACAUCAGCAGAGCAGAGAGCUCUAAUCAGUCUGGACUAAGCCUGGAUUUCUGCUGCUGCUGCUGCUGUUGCUCUGGCCGGUGCUGCUCAAACACCCCCUUGCUCUGCAGGGGCUGUGCAAUCAAUUCAAGGUUCUCCGAGUGCCAAUCCAUUAAAGGGCAAACAAGACCCCUCCCAUCCAUUUGCAAGACGCUCUCUUGAAUGCAGUUGAGAUCUUUCAGUGCUUCCCUUCCUGGGCGAUGGCUUAUCAGCAGCACAUUCCUACUCUCCUCCUCCAAACUCUUGCCCCCUCAAUUAGGAAACUUGUUUGCACAUGUGCCGAGACAGGUCAAAGUUUGGCUGGCCCUGAUAAGGGUUGCUGAUGCUCAGAGGGGAUCUAAAUAACUUGGACUGUGAGCUGCAGAUGGCAUGGAGGAUCAGGCAGGGCCAAAAUACCUCUCCUCUAGGGGUAAGAUUUAAUUCUUAAUGUUAUUGAGUGGAGCUUUUUCCUGCUAGGCUAGGAUCCAGGCUGACGCAGCCUCUUUUCCUUCUCCCUCCCUCUCCCUCCCUCCCCAACCCCCCAGUCCAGUUUGCAGACUGCCAGGGAUGGAAGCUGGCCUCGUACACAACAGAGGAUGCCAACUUCCGGGUGCUGCCCAAUGGGACGGUCCUGGUGCAGCGCCAAACGCGGCUCCAUGGGCAGGAGACGACCUUCGCUGUGCAUGCCUGGGAUUCCACGGGCACCAGAUCCUCCUCUGCCUUGGUGACUGUGCUGGUGCGGAACAAAGGCCCUCCUUCUCCAAAGGUAGUGUGCAAAGCAGCUGGCAGGGGCCUCGGGGGAGUGCAGGUGGCAGACACCAUGGCAACCUUUGUCCUUUGAGAUUGGCUGCUGUGGUGGAAACUAUGCUAAUAGGGCAAGGCUGUACCUCUGCAGGUGGAAUGCACCUCUCUGAGGAGGGGCUCCGUUUGCCACAAGGAGGGAAACUCUUCCUGCUACAGAAAUAACUGGAUUUCCCCACAGUCUUCAUUUGCUCUAGCUUCUAAUUCUGUUGCUCUUGGGAGAUUCUUUUUUGGUGUUUUCAAAACUGGCUCCUUUUCUGGGUUUUUGCAGAGAAUUUCGAUGGGUACUUGCUCUCCAGAGGAGGACAUUUUGCUUUCCAUGGAGGGUUAGAAUUGUACAGUGGUACCUCAGGUUACAUACGCUUCAGGUUACAGACUCCGCUAACCCAGAAAUAGUGCUUCAGGUUAAGAACUUUGCUUCAGGAUGAGAACAGAAAUUGUGUUCCGGCGGCGCGGCAGCAGCAGGAGGCCCCAUUAGCUAAAGUGGUGCUUCAGGUUAAGAACAGUUUCAGGUUAAGUACGGACCUCCGGAACGAAUUAAGUACUUAACCUGAGGUAUCACUGUAUAUAGAAUUCCCUAUUCUGAAGCUGCUGGUAGGCUUAACUGGGCCAGCUGCUACUGGCGGGGGCUGCUGUCAGCUGUUCUCAAAGCAAUUGACAGCGACCUCCCCACACUGCUGGCCUUGCAGCCUGCAGUGCUAACAGACCUGCCACCUGCCUUCUUUCCUUGUUGAUAGUUGGAUAGGAUAUGGGUGCAGUCAAGGCACCAGAAUAGCUCCUCUUACUCUGCUCUGUUGCUUUUGAUCUGCCUUCCCCAACCUGUGGGCUCCCAGCUGCUGGAGCUGAUGGCAGUCCACCCACACCUGGAGAGCAGCACCUGGUUUGGGAAGGCAGCUGCUGUUGCAGAGGUCUCUAAAACUCUUGGUCCCUUCUUACAGGAGGAGUUUGAGCCUGCCAGCCAAGCAGAAGUUCUGUAUUUCUCCCCGGCAAAGCCUGGCCUGAAGAGGCAGAAGAGGGACUGGGUUAUCCCUCCCAUAUCCGUUCCUGAAAAUGAAAGGGGCCCGUUCCCUAAGAACCUUGUUCAGGUAUGGCAGAUUCCUGUGGUGAUGGGGGUGUCUGUGGGCCUUGCCCCAGAGGUAACAAGGGCAUAUGGAUUCAUUCCCAGGGUAUUUGUGCUUAAUGCCCCCUUUUAUAAUAUGUUGCUUGAGGCUGCAGGUGGCUGAGCUUUUCGGAUAGUGAAGGGUGCUCAGUCUUCCCGAACCAGCAGCCCUUUACAGAAAGUGAGCAUCCAGUGCUUUCUGCAGCAUCUCCUAUCUUUCUCUCCCUGCCUCAGAUCAAAUCCAACCGGGACAAAGAAACCAAGAUCUUCUACAGCAUCACCGGUCAGGGUGCGGAUAGCCCUCCUGAAGGAGUCUUCAUCAUUGAGAAAGAGACAGGCUGGAUGAAAGUGACUCAGCCACUGGACAGGGAGAAGAUUGACAAGUACCAUGUAAGGGAACUCUUUGAACUAGCAGCCAGGAGACCAGGGUUCAAAUCCCCAUUCGGAUUUGAAGCACACUGAGUGACCUUGGGGCAGUCACUGCCUCUCACCCUAACCUACCUCACAGGGUUGUUGUGGGGACUAAGUGAUGGCGGGGGGCGGGGAGGGAAGAACCAUAUAUGCCACCUUGAGCUCCUUGGAGGAAGAAGUGGGAUAUAAAUGUAAUAAAUAAAUAAACCAGGCCCCCUGUUGGGUUUAAGUCUGUCUGCAGGCCUUUAGGCUGGAAGGAUGUUCCUCCCAUCAAAUUAGAAGCAGAGGAAAGAAACUUCCAGGCCACAGAAGUGCUUUAAAUGUGGCUCUCCGUCUCCCUGCAGCUUUUAUCCCAUGCUGUGUCUGAGAACGGCAAACCUGUGGAAGAGCCCAUGGAUAUCGUUGUCAAAGUCACAGACCAAAAUGACAACAGGCCUGAGUUUACCCAGGAGGUCUUCAGAGGGUCUGUCUUGGAAGGGGUGACACCUGGUAAGGAGGGGGAGGGGGUUGGAAGAGGGAGCAAAUGGCAUCAUGUGGGUGGGGGGAGAGGGGGCACCUCUGGGCUGGUUAUGCACACUCUGUCUUCUCCUAUUUGCUAUCUGGCUGCAACAGUGGGUGGAUUUCCCCAUGGUUUUAAAGUUAAAAAUAAAGCAAAAUCUGGCACCACCACACAUAUAAAUGUCUCUUCUAACUGGGAACUAUAACAAUGCUUAUUUCAAUAAAGAAGAAAAAGUCUCCCUCUUGAUAGAUAAAUCAAACAUCCACUUUGCAAAUUUACUAAUUCUGUUGGCUUAUUCAUUUUGGCAGCAGAUUAUAUUUCCAAAACUAAGCCUUGAUUAUACAGUGGACGGGUUUGACCAUUUUCAUUGGAUGCUUAUGGUUGAAGUGGAGAUUUACGUAUACUUCAGUGGUUGAUUAUGCAAGUAUGUGGUGGUGUCAGAUUUGAAAAGAGGCAUCCUCAUUCUACUUACCCAACUUGUUUCCAUCCAGAAAUUGUUGGACCACAGCUCGCAUCACUCCUAACCAUUGAUCAAGCCUGCUGCGGUUAGUGGGAGUUGUAGUCCACCCACAUCUGGAGGCAAUAAAAUAAGAGCAAACUGCCCUAAGGUGUUCAAAACACCACCUGCUCUUUUGUUUUCUAAAAUAUAAGCAAGCCUUGCCAUGUGCUUCUGAAUCUCUCAAUCUAGCACAGUAGCAGAUUAGAUGAGAGCCAGUGUGGUGUAGUGGUUAAGAGCGGUAGUCUCGUAAUCUGCGGAACCGGAUUCGCGUCUCCACUCCUCCACAUGCAGCUGCUGGGUGACCUUGGGCCAGUCACACUUCUCUGAAGUCUCUCAGCCCCACUCACCUCACAGAGUGUUUGUUGUGGGGGAGGAAGGGAAAGGAGAAUGUUAGCUGCUUUGAGACUCCUGAAGGGGAGUGAAAGGCGGGAUAUCAAAUCCAAACUCUUCUUCUUCUUCUUAAAUUGGUUAUUGAAAACUAAUUUCUUACUCCAGCCAAUGACACUGUCCAGACCAAGAAGCCCUUGAAACAAAAUAUCCUGUCCAGGAGAAAAGGGACACUACGAUUGGCUCAAACCCUUUUAAGCUUUUGGCAUUUUGGGAGUUGUAAUCCAAAAUGCCCAGAGGGCACCAGGUUGGUGAACGAUGGUGCAAGCUAUGGGAGGGCUAUAGCAGCUAGAGCAGAGCACCUGUGUUGCAGUUGCAAGGAACCCCAGCUUCAAGCGGAAAUAGUCAUAGGCUCGAUAGACAGAUUUUGUUGUCUUUAAGGCUGCUGCUUCAUAUGCUGGGCAUUACAUUCACUCUCUCCUUCCCUGCCCCACCUCCUCCUUCUCCCUCUUCUCCCUCCUCCUCUGCCAUCCCCUUUGCCACCAAACUAGGCACCUCCGUGAUGCAGGUCACCGCUACUGAUGCAGACGAUGGCAUAACACAACUCAACGGCGUCAUUGCCUACUCCAUUUUGAGCCAGGUUCCCGAGGUGCCCCACAAGCAGAUGUUCGCCAUCAACAAGGCAACAGGGGCCAUCAGUGUGAUUGCCAGUGGCCUGGACCGAGAGGUAAAAGGCCAGCACGGGGGGCGGGGAGCCAUGUAACUGGUGGAGUGGGUAAUGGGCCUUGGCUGCCUGGGGGAAAAGGCAGCAUCGCAGUAAGUACAGUGAAUAGCUAAACUCUGGGAUCUGUUGCCAUAAGAGGUAGUGGCGGCCAACAAUUUGGAAUGGACAAAUUCCUGGAGGGCUGUGUUCUUGUGAUAUGGCAGUAUUUCUUGUGAUUCCCAGCAACUGGUUUUUGAAGUGGGGACAGAGUGCUGUUUUGCUCAUGUCCUCCCGGUGGGCUUCCCAGAAGAGGCAUCUGAUUGGCCACUGUAAGGACAGGAUGCUGGAGUAGAUGAGCCUUUACAUUUUAGGGCUGUCUUUCUGUUCUGAAGUAAGUACCGCUAGAGCAGAGAAGAGUUUUAGCUCUAACCCUCUUCUCAAACCUCAGAAGUCCUUCCUUUUUGGAGAGCUGCAGGAUCCUGGACAUGAAUUCAUCUUCAGAUGACUUGUAGGCCUAGUGGGGCCCAGGGAGGUCUGCUUUGCUAUUCCCAGAUUAGACACAAAUCCGGGCAGGAGGUGUGGUUUCAAGGCUCUAGACCUGGUUUGCGUGUGUGAGAAUGUCUGCAGUGGGUGGCGUACUUUUUCCACAGGCUACAGAAUGAAGGAAGAGAUGCUUUUACUCAAAUGGAGCCUUUGUCAAUCCGUCACUAAUACCAACCACAAUACUUGCCUCUUCCAGAGAGUGAGCGAAUACACACUGACCCUGCAAGCAGCAGAUUUGGAUGGCGAUGGGUUAACUGGCACCGCAGUGGCUGUGAUAGAAGUUGCAGAUGUAAAUGACAACGCACCGGAGUUCAAGGAGCCAACGGUAGCAAUCCUGCAUUCUUUGGAGGGGAGAUGCACAUGACAUUGGGGGGUCUCAAGGGAUCAGACAAUGCAGCAGCUCCUCUAAAUGCUUAGGGUUUUGUAACUGUUUUGUAGACAACUGCUGCUUAUAGCAACCCCCAUUGUUUUAGAUCUUCCUGGUUGCAAAACGGCCUUUGGCUUAUGUGGGUCAGAAAUUUCAUCCCAAAGCCCCAACAGGAUAGGCGCACCCCUGGCUGCACAAAUAAUUCCAGCAGACUGAGGACUGCUGCUGACAAGGCCACUAGGAGUUUGCAUACUAAGCUGAAGGGCUUGGGGACUGGUGGGUGGCUGGGUUGUGUAGUGCAUGCAUGAUGGGGCUGUGCCUUGCAAGCAGAGAGGAGCAUUUCCCUAUCUGUGCAGCUAACUGGGUGGUUCCACUUCUCCUAGUACUCUGCAGAAGUACCAGAGAACGAAGCAGGGCUGGAGGUCGUGAGGCUGGCUGUGACUGACAAGGAUGCGGUCGGCUCCCCAGCAUGGCUUGCAGAGUACAACAUUGUGCAAGGCAAUGAGGGGAAUUCCUUCACCAUCUCCACUGAUCCAGAGACCAAUGAAGGCAUCUUGAAAACUGCUAAAGUAGGUGCUGGAAUGUGUGUGCUUGUACACCUGUUUUAUUUAGCAAUUUUUUUGUGCUGCUUAAUCAGCAAAGUAUCAUUUAAGCGGUUGGCAAAGAGUUGUACAAAAUAUUUAUGGGUAGGGUGGGGAAUAAAAGCAGGCUUUAAAAACAGUACACAUUAUAAAAUCAGAAUAUAGAUAAUAUCAACAUUAAAAAAAAUACCUAAUAAAACAGCAUGCCUAGAUAAGCUUCCCUAUGUGGAAAAGGUUUUAACAGGUGUCAGAAACAGUCCAAUAUGAGGUGCCUGUUGGAUAUCAAUGGGCAGGGAGUUCCAGAGAACACUCUAAAAGAUGAAUGCCUUGUAAAUGUGGAAUAAAUUUUUGUGACACUUGUAAAGCUGCCAUUUCCCAUGCUAGCACAAAAGAGAAAGCAGUCAGUAGAGUAGGGCUAGCAUUAACAAAAACAUCAACCCGCUUUCUAGUUGGAAAACAGCAGUUUCAUGAUGGAGAGCUAGUAUUUAUACAUUUGCAUUUUCUUAAUUUCGGGGGAGUGGCUCUUGGGGCUAUGGGACUAAUAAUAAAAUGUCAGGUGGACAUAAAGAUGGAUCUGGGAGUUGAGUUGAAGAAUCACCUCCUGAUUCAUUGCAAGUCUUCAGUAGAUCUGUGCAUUUAAUCAAACAUGAGGACUUAGGAACCUGUUAGGAUGCUGAAGGAGCAAUAGCAGCAAUGCUGUAGCCCAGCUGUGCAAAACAUCUGGUGGUUGGCAAAGACUGCUGUUGCAGUAAGGUAGUUUACCUAGUCCAAGAGACACACAGGGAGAGGGAGGCAAAUGCCCUUGGCUCUAGUUCACAACAGUGGUUGCUGCAGUUGCCCUCCCUGGCUUUGCCACUCCUCUCCUGCUUCAGCCCCAGCAAAUGCCAGUUCCACAUGUCUGGUCUUUUCCUUGUUUUUAGGGCUUGGACUUUGAAGCAAAGAAACAGUACCUGCUACAGGUAGCUGUCACCAACCAGGCCCCUUUUGUGGUGAAGCUCCCAACCUCCACAGCUACUGUGAUAAUCAACGUGAAGGAUGUGAAUGAGGCCCCAGUCUUUGCGCCUCCCAUCCACAAGGCAGAGGUUUCAGAGGACAUCCCAAUAGGGCAGAAAGUCACCGCAUACACGGCACAGGACCCAGAUAAGAUGCAGUCCCAGAAAAUCAAGUAAGCAUUUCUGUUGCUGGUUGGCCAGGAGUUGAACCUAGUGGGGUGAAUAGUGUUAAUAGGCAGGCAGCAUUGGCUUAAUGGCUCAAUGAGAGGUGGGUGGAGAUCAAUGGGGCUGAUCGCCGAUAGCAAAAGCCACAUCAGGCUAGGCUUUGUUGCUUCUAAACAUUUCCAUCUUCCAAGAACGGGAUGUCCAUCAAUGCUCUGUGGCUCCGUCUUAAUAAAUGGAGCCCUGGGUGCUUGAAAGGGAGGGCAGGAAAUGCAGGGAAGGUAAAGUGAUACCUCUUAAUGGUCCAGCUCAGGUUGGUGUUGAGAAAUGUGCAAGUGCCGCAGAAUGUAAGGAGAAGUCAGUCUUGAGUUUCAGAGCAGGCCUGCAGGCUCCCUGGAUCAAUAGCAGCUGGUCAAAUGAGGCUGCAUUUUAUCUGCUUUUGAGUUCAAUGCAGCAAGCUUAUUGUGCUGAAGUCAAAGGCAUGAUGUUGGCCUGAUCCAGGAAAAAGAUUGAAAGUAAGAUAAAUUGCAUCUUGAAAGAUGUGUGUCUCGAGGGGUAGGGAUUGUUUACCUUUCCCGCUGGGGAUGGGGUAAAAAGCAGCGCUUCCAAAAUGCAAGUACGCUGCCCCACAACCCUUUUCUAUGUGGCUCACUUGUGAUGCAUUGUUCUCAAAAAACAAGGGAGGUAUAUAUUUUAGAUGGUUAAGAUCCUUGUGCGCACAGAAAAACUGGGAGAUCAGGGAGGAGGAGAAACUUGAGCCAGCUUUUCUGGCAUGCUAAGUCUUCCACCUGCAUCCCGAAACAGGACCCAUCCUAACAUUGCUGUAGCAAACAGUGUGUGCGAAUUAGCCCCAAAGCUGAAAUUCUCAGGGGCUUUCUUGCUGGCAUGCCUUAUAAGACACAUUCCUCCUUUUGUGGUCCCUUGGGAUUUAAACGUGUUCUCUCCUGCCAGGUACUCUAUGGGGAAUGACCCGGCUGACUGGCUGGCCAUCCACCCGGAAAACGGCAUCAUCACAGCCAAGAGCAGCCUGGACCGGGAGUCCCACUUUGUCAAGAACGACACCUACAUGGCCAUUGUGCUGGCGGAGGAUGAUGGUAAGCUCUGUGUGGUAGGAGGGACGAGUCCCCUGCCCUGGGUCACCAUCUCUUGUGGGGGGAGGGAAUCAAAGGACUCUUUGUUGGCCUGUGCAUCAGCCGCCUGGGAGCUUCCCAUGUGAGGGGCACGUGGCUAUGGAGCUGCAGCCGCCUCACAGCCUGUCACGAGAAACCACAUCCCAGACCUUGGCAGUUUAUCUGUUUAGGAAGUGGAGACAAGGGCAGAGGCGGGUGCAACCCAGGCCUUCUGAAGACACAAAUCAGGGGUCCCAGACAGCCUCCUGCUGGCUGACGAGGAUGGGAGUGAGAUGCAGCCACAGGCCACAGUGGAUGGCAAUGGGGAAGAGGAGGAAAAUGUUCAUUCACAUAUUACCCGGGGCACCUCUUGCCCCUACCCUACCCCACCCCACUUUCUGCUUCUCUUGAGAAGAACAGUCUUGCAAGGACUCAUUUGGGGAUGAUACACACAGCACCACAGCCACAACUCUUACUAUGCAAAAGUCUCACAUUCUGUGCUUAAAAAAAAGAAGUAGGCUAAUAAGCCACAUUGUGCAGAUUAAUGCUGAAUUAAGCAUGCUCUUCUCAACAUUGCAUGCAUUUUUAAGAGGGUUUAAUGCUCUUCAAAAGCCAAAGCAAAUGGAAUAUAUAAGCUGUGGCAGUUUGAGCAUCAAUCUUAAAUAAAAAGCCUAUUUGACUUGACAUACUUAAGCAUGUUUUACUUCAAGAAAUCAUACACAACACAGAUCCUCAGAAUAAAUUACAUUAAUGCAGAUAGUUGGCACAAACCUGAAUGUUUUGCACAUGUCCUCAUUCUGUGCGUUCUGAACUUGCUGUUUGUAAUUGGUAAGAUUCUGGAUUCCUUUAUGCUUGGUUCUGUUUUGUUUUUGCAAAGAGCAACUCUUGGAAGCCAUGAGAGAGGGUCUGUAGCUAUACAGGACCCAGAAGCUCCAUCAUUUGCAUGCUGGACUGUAAGGGGACACUGCCAGCCUUUAUUAAGGCCUAUCUCUGACCAUAUCCAUUAGAAAAGCUCUGAAACCUGUGGACAUAAUUUGAAUGCCGGGCUCCUGGCAUUCUCUGCAGAAUUGUGUCUGGGAAGGUGUGGCAAGUGAGUCUGGGCAGACUAUAGCCCUGCCUCUUCCUCAUUCAUCUGUUUCUAAAGCCACCUUCUUUCCAUCCUGCUCCAAACAGGAACCCCUCCAGCAACCGGGACGGGCACCCUCCUGUUGACCCUGCUAGAUGUGAACGACAAUGGCCCCGAACCCGACCGGCGGGAGAUCAUCGUCUGCAACAGCAAGCCAGUGCCCCAAAUGUUGCGCAUCCUGGACAAGGACCUUCCCCCCAACACCUCCCCGUUCCGUGCAGAGCUUCUCCACAACUCGGAAGAAAAUUGGGCUGUCGAGAUGGACAACAAAGGUGGGGUGAGCAGUGGGGAGGAAAUGGGGUGCCCUUCCAGAAUAGCUGUCCAUGGUCUGUGCUGGAACAGGAAUCUUCUCUCCUUUGGCAGCAAUGCCCAAGUGACUCCCUCUUCUUAGUUCUCCCUUCUCUCCUCCCCACUUUCCCCACAAGGUCUUAGCCAGCCAGAGAUGGUUAUUCCCUGUUCCCUUUGGGACUUAGGAAUAUCCCAGGGAAGCCAGUUGCUCUGGCUGGGGUGAGCUCCCCUGUCUGCACAUGCUUGGAAAUCCUUUUUCUAAGACAGUCUACUUUGGUAAGGUCCUACACUGUGUAUGGCCGUCAUUCCUUUUCAGCAGGUGCAGCUGAAGAGAAUUCAUUAGCUGAGUGUUAACGGAAUGCUUCUUUCGGUGGCCAUAAUCCAUUCCCAGUGAGCCGACUCUGUUCCUGUUUCAUUGCGCUUAUGCUCUGGUUGUUCCUUUUGCAGGAGAAAUUGCAACCCUGACACUGUUGCAGCCCUUGAAGCAAGAGACGUACAAAGUUUACCUCCAGCUCUUUGACAACCAGAACAUGGAGCGGCUGACGGUCCUCACGGCAACUGUCUGUGAUUGUGAGGGGCAUACAGAAGGGUGCCCGGGUCCGCAGGGGACUGGCAUUGAGGCUCCCAUCAUCUUAGCCAUCCUGGGAGCCAUUUUGGCUGUGCUGAGUAAGUGUGCAGGUCACUGUCCUUCUGUCUCUGUGGGCAGAGUGGGGGAGUGAAACCAUGGAGGGCAACUCCUUAUACCAGAAGUUUUCAAGCUUUCUGAGUCCACAGCUCCCUUGACCAUUUUUUCUGAGGCACCCCUGUGGGGAUUAGGAGCCCAGUUAUGUCACCCCUUGCCUGCCAAGCUGGCAGCAUCUCAUCCUUUUUCGAACAUGCUCCCUUGUGGAGUGUUCCCUCAGUCUCCUUCCUUAGGAGUCCUCUGGGCAGUUGCUGAUCUCUGAGCUGAUCCCCUGCCCCAUAAAGAGGUGCCUUCUUACACUGCCCCACAGGGACCUGGGAAGCACCGCCUGGCUAGCCCCAGAGGCACAAUUCGCCUGUGGAGCUUGUAGCCAGGGCUGCUACAACAAACAGCUGUGCAAGCCUUUGGGAGGCAGAGACGCCUGCUUCCAGUAGAAUCUCAGUUCACCCUUCCAAAACCUGGUGCCCUCUCUUUUGAACUCAACUCCCAUCAGUUCCAGCUUCAUAUAGCCAUGGUGACUGGGGACUGAUGGGAGUUCUGGUCCAAAACACCAGGAGGGGGCACCAGACAGGGAAAGGCUUGCUCCUCUGACAUGAGUGCAGAAGCACCUGCUAAGAUGCUGUGCUGAGUCUCUGUUUCUCUCCCAGUUAUCCUGCUGCUGCUGCUCCUCUUUGUGCGAAGGAGGAAAGUGGUGAAGGAGCCUUUGCUGCUCCCAGAGGAAGAUACCCGGGACAACAUUUUCUACUAUGGUGAAGAGGGAGGUGGCGAGGAAGACCAGGUGGGUGCCCCUUUGGCUCUAUCCAAUUAAAAGGGACAUGAGCAAUUGAGGAGGGGUCUUCUGUAAAGGAUGUGCUGUGUUGCAAAUGUCUGAUGGGACUAUAGUAUUCUCAAUACGUGCAAUGCCCCCAGAAGACUCUCCUCCCAGAGAUAAGCACGGUCUUUUGCUGAAAAACAUGUUCCAUUGUGUACAGCUGUCCAUCCUCUACAGCCCACAAUGGGUCAGGUGGUGUUGUGACCUGGUCUUCAUCCUCUCCAAGUGUCUUCCCCAUUUUGUUCCAGUACCUCCAGUUGCCUACCAUCAACAUCUAAAUGGCAAGGAAGGGGAUGCAGCUUCCUUGCCCUGUUGUAUUCUGCAGUUUUCAAGCUGCAGAGCCUCUGCAUCAUCUUUUCUCUCUCCUCUCCUCCCCCUUCCUCUGAAAGGACUAUGACCUCAGCCAGCUACACAGGGGCCUGGAUGCUCGUCCAGAAGUCGUCCUCAGGAACGAUGUCCUGCCCACCCUUCUGCCAGCUCCACAGUACCGCCCGCGCCCUGCAAACCCAGAUGAAAUUGGCAACUUCAUCCAUGAGGUAAAGUUGGAGGAGGAGGGUGCUGAAAGGGAACGCCGGUCGGCAAUCUGCUUCACAUCCCGAUGUUGUUGGGCCCAGCUCCCAGCACCCCCAGCCAGUAUGGCCAGUGGUCAAGGAUGGCGAGUUGUAGGGAGAGCCACAGGUUUGCCACUCCUGUUGCACAAGGCAAGCAAGUGGCUAAAGCUUGAGUGUGCAUGUCUGGGGAAACCCAGCCAGAUGGGUGGGGUAUAAAUAAUAAAAUUAUUAUUAUUAAUAAUAAUAAUAAUAAUAAUUAUUUAGUUUGUCUUUUCAUACUGUUCUUCAACCCCUAAAUAGUUUCUAGAAGUCUGUCCUUUCAGUUUGGUACCAUUGAAAUUGACGGGCAGCAGCUUUUUUCGGUUUCCCAGCUGUGCUGCUGGAGACUCUGCAAUCCACAGAUGACUAAGACUGAUUUUACAUACUGAUUUUACACCCCACAUCUCUCACAUGAAUGUUUGUUCAUUCAGAAAUAACUAUCCAUUCUACCAGAUUGCAAUGUUUAUUUCUUAAGAGAACUGCAGUUUGAGAAAAAGUUUUCCUGCACAGUUGGUUCUUAGCUCUGGUGUAAAAUGUGAAAUUCCUCUUGACCCUUAGAGAUAUAACUGGCUGUUUUAUGCAGCUGAGACUAUUAUUAUUAAGAAUCACAUUCCACGAGGCAUCCCAAAGUUAUUUAGAAUAUACUGAAAACAUAUAUAAAACUAUUACAUCUAUAAAGGCAGCAUCUCCCCUUGCUCCUGCAGAACCUGAAGGCGGCAGACACGGACCCCACGGCGCCCCCCUAUGACUCCCUGCUGGUGUUUGAUUACGAGGGCAGUGGCUCCGAGGCCGGCUCCCUCAGUUCCCUCAACUCCUCAAGCUCUGACCGGGACCAGGAUUACGAUUACUUGAACGACUGGGGCAGCCGCUUCAAGAAGCUGGCAGACAUGUACGGCGGGGGCAUCGACGACUAAGAGCCAUGGGUGGACUUUUGCAGCCCAGAGACUGGGUGGUUGUGGCUGGCUCUCACCCCUGCCGUUGGGGAUCUCUGCAAGAACCACAUGUUCCUCUUUCCAGCAAAGCCUCCCUUGCGUUGCACCGGCUCCUGUCCGAAUGCCAAACACACUGCAUCUCCUUCUUGGGUCCCUGGUGGCAACACCUGAAGCCCUGAGAAGGACCCAGCAGCUUCCUGGCAGAGUGUCUGGCUUCCUCUGAACUCACAGGCUGCCUUCAUGAAUGUGCCUGCGAAGGCUUUCUAGCCAGAUGAGCGAUGCUGUGUUACCUGCCUCUGAGUGCCUCUUGAUGAAAGCGUCAUCCCUUGCCAAGGAACCUGUCAGCAUUCAGGGAGGUCUGCAUUCUGUACCCUGGUUCCAAGAGAGGGCGUGUGUCAGAAGAUGUCCAGUUCUCGCAGCUGGAGCUGAUGUGUGUUCCACCCAUAUUCAUUUGGUGCCUCCGUACGAGAUGCAUGGAAGGACUGUGGGAUGGGGCAGGUGUGGUGCAUGGGGAUGUAGUAGCUGUGUGUGUGUUGUAAUAGAGCAGCCCUGCCCAGACUCCUGUGAUCAGCUGGGGCACCUGCUCCCCAUUGGCUCAGCCCCCAAAGUGCCAGCAGUCCUCUUAGAAACUCUUGGCUGCUUUUUUUUUUUUUUAAAUAAGCAUCUCCUAAGUGCUCCUAGGUCAGUUCUUUCCUACUUUUAGGUACGAAAUAGACUUGGUGUUAAGCUAAAGGGUUGGACAAUCAGGGUGUAAAGUUUUAAUAAAGGAUUUUCUUUUUUAAACAUGGGUGUUUUCUCUGAGCCUGCCUGGGGUGUGUGAUGGGAAAGCAUCAAGAGUUGCUCAGGGAUGUCACGGGGCACCAGAGCCUACCCUGAACUGAAAAGUAAAAUGUAUCCAGGAGAAAAACAAACCCACCAGCCUAUGUCUGUCCAGAUGUUUUGGUCUACAACUCCCAUCAGCCCCAGCUAUGAGGGGCUGACCCUCUAAUCAGUUUUUCCCACCUACCUCUCUCAUCCUCACUCUCUCUGCACCCAACUGCAUUCUACUCAUGUAAAAACACACUGAUUUCCGGACCGUCCGCAGGCCGGAUUUAAAAGGUGAUUGGUCCGGAUCCGGCCCCCGGGCCUAGGUUUGCCUACCCAUGUUCUAUAGCCUUCUCGUGAUCUCUUCCCAGACCAUCCCUGACUGCAUCUUCACAAACUCAGUUUUGCUUCCCCUGCCUUCUCGCUCGACCUCCCUAGGAGGCCUGCCUUUUUUAACAGUUGCAACUGUGUUUUUGUCCUUGAUAAACCUCUCCUGAGGGAGCUGGCAGGAAAGGGCUGCCAGGGUUGCACAGCUGCUCUGGGGAGGAGGCGCUGCACAGGGCUGGGGGGUUGCAGGUGUCUUCCUUGGCACUGGUGCAGCUGCAUACACCACCCUGCCUCAUAGAAACCCUGUGGGAGACCCAGGCUGACCACUAUCCCCCCUCCCCAGCGGCAACCAUCUGCCUCCAGCACAUUCCUGGACAACAGUCUCCUGGAAGCUCAGCUCUCUGUUGAAACCUGAGUCCCUCUUUGAAGGGUGGGGGAGUAGCUAGGCUGAAAAGACCUUGCCUACCCACUCCUUUUACUUUGCCCCUUCUCAAGUAUUACUUGCUUCAGGGCCCCUUGGCUUGCUGUCAGUCCCCAUACUCACCCAACAGGUUUUUCUUGCUCCAAACACCUCCCCUCCCCACAUCCUUUCCCUUUUAAGUUACUUAUAUGGGUGACUGCAAGCCUGAGGGCAGAGCCAAAUGCCAGGAGAUGCUGCUGUUGCUGCUAGAUUGACAAGCAGAGAAGGGGGUGCCUAGAGAGGGAAGGUGGAUAAAUGGGUGCAGUUAGCUGAUUGUGGCCCUGGGCAAACACAACCUCUCUUCUAAUACAGUGGUACCUCGGGUUACAGACGCUUCAGGUUACAGACUCUGCUAACCCAGAAAUAGUACCUCUGGUUAAGAACUUUGCUUCAGGAUGAGAACAGAAAUCAUGUGGCAGCAGCAGCGGGAGGCCCCAUUAGCUAAAGUGAUACCUCAGGUUAAGAACAGUUUCAGGUUAAGAACGGACCUUGAGAAUGAAUUAAGUUCUUAACCUGAGGUACCACUGUAGUGAAUGUUCUCGCGUUUGCAGAGGUUUUUUACUUUUUUUAUUUUAAAAAGCCUUAGGGAGCAGCUAAAAGGAACCCCUCCAUGAGCACUGAGUGAGUGAGGCUGUGAGCGUCAGCCACAAAGCUCACUGGGUGUCCUUGGGCCCAGUCACUCUCACUUAGCCUAACCUACCUCACAUUGUUGUUAUGAGGAUGAAAUGUUUAGGGGGGUUGGGGAAAACCCAAUAUGCUACUUUGGUGGGAUAUAAAUGACAUAAUUUAAAAUAUAUUUUAGAUAAAGAAUUGUUGGCCCUAACAAACAGAUUAGAACCUAGGUGGUGCUUUGUAAGUGUCAUUUGUUUUAAUAAGACUUUUAAGGGUAACACUUCUUUUGAUUUUUAGCAGGGUUAUAAUCUUUAAUCAGCCAGCUAAUUAACUUCAGUUUUUACACCCCAGUCCUCACUAUCUUGUAGUGGAGUGGUUUCAAGACAAAUGUGUCUCACAAAUGUGUGAGAUGGAUAACUUUUAUUAGAAUCACAUCAAGCAGCGGUAUAUCCAGUGCUUUUUUUUCUGGGGGGAUGCAGGAGUACACAUACCCCUAAACAUUUUGUGAAUCUUUGUAUUUUUGUCCAUUUACUGUAUUUAUUUCCCCCGAUUUAAACUAUAAAAUGGUGGUUUUCUUGAGUC